GGGAAGUCCUUCACCAUGCAGGGCCUGCCACACCCAGCCACCCAGAGAGGCAUCAUCCCCAGGGCCUUCGAGCACAUUUUUGAAAGUGUCCAGUGUGCAGAGAACACCAAGUUCCUAGUCCAGGCCUCCUACCUGGAGAUCUACAAUGAGGAUGUCCGUGACCUGCUGGGGACUGACACCAAGCAGAAGCUGGAGCUGAAGGAGCACCCGGACCCGAACAACCAAGCCCUUCACGUGUCCAUAUCUGCUGAAUGCCAGCCAACCCUUUUUCUACUUCAGAUUGCUGUUCCCAUGGACAUAGCUUGCGCCACUGGGUUCAGCCAGUGGGAAACCAAGGAAGACACCCCUUCCCCUGUCUCUACCCCUCUCUGCCCUAGGGACGAGGGAGGCAAGGACCACCUCCGGGCGGGCAAGCUGAACCUGGUGGACCUGGCGGGCAGCGAGCGGCAGUCCAAGACGGGGGCCACGGGGGAGCGGCUGAAGGAGGCCACCAAAAUCAACCUGUCGCUGUCGGCGCUGGGCAACGUCAUCUCGGCACUGGUGGACGGGCGCUGCAAGCACAUCCCCUACCGGGACUCGAAGCUGACGCGGCUGCUGCAGGACUCGCUGGGUGGCAACACCAAGACGCUGAUGGUGGCCUGCCUGUCGCCCGCCGAUGACAACUACUGCGAGACCCUCAGCACGCUGCGCUAUGCCAGCAGAGCGAAGAACAUCAAGAACAAGCCUCACAUCAACGAGGACCCCAAGGACGCCCUCCUUCGCGAGUACCAGGAGGAGAUCAAGAAACUCAGGGCCAUCCUGGCCCAGCAGAUGUGCCCCGGCGACCUGUCAGCCCUACUGUCCGGUCAGGCACCCCCUGCUCAGGGAGAGGAGAAGCUGUCACUCCCGGCUGUGACCCAGCAUGACAUGGAAGCCGAAAAGCAGCUGAUCCGGGAGGAGUACGAAGAGCGCCUGGCUCGGCUGAAGGCUGACUACGAGGCUGAGCAUGAGUCUCGGGCCAGGCUGGAGGAGGACAUCGCUGCUAUGCGCAACUCAUACGACGUGAAGCUGUCGACGCUGGAGGAGAGCCUGAGGAAGGAGGCAGAGACUGUCCUGAAGGCAGACGUCCUCUACAAGGCUGAGGUCAUGUCCACAGCUGAGUGUGCCCGCAGGUCUGAGUACUCGCCUGCUCUCCAGUACGAGACGGUCAUGAGACCCGAGGUCUUUUACAUGCCCGACACUCUGCCCAGUGACACCAGCUCCAGGACAGAGAUUUCUUCCAGGUUUGAGGAGCUGUCCAAUGUGGAGCCCUCCAAGUCUGAGAGUCUUCUUGGGUCCAGCGAGUCAUCCACACACGAAGAAACCUCUGUGUCUGAGGCCUUCCUGGGACCUGAGGAGCCCGCCAAUGUGGGGUACUAUGUGCCCGAGGGGCAGCUGGAGGAAGAGGACUGCCUCCAGGAAGAGGGGCCGCAGCAGAUGCCCCCACAGGUGAUACCAGGCCUGCUGGACCCGUUCGCCGAGGUGGCAGCCAAGCUGUGCCUCCUCGGCUCCACUGUGGCCAGGACAGAUGCACCCCAGGCGGACGUCUCCCAGGUCCCUGUGCAGCACCCCACCCUGACAGACCAGCUGGCUCCUGGUGACACCUGCUCCGAAGUUGAGGUGGCCGACGACUUCCUGCCUAGGACUGAGGCUGAUCUGGAAGUGGCCGAGGAGGUGGUGUCAGCAGCAGAACCUGGCAUGUGGGUAGAGGCUGAGGCCCUGGUGGCCUCUCAGCCUCAACCCCUGCUGGCCACAGCCAGUAUGAGGAGGGUGGGCAUGGACGUGGAGACAGCGGUGCUGACUGAUGACCUGCUGCCCGUCAUGGACCAGCAGCAGGUGCUGGCCCGUUUGCAGCUGCUGGAGCAGCAGGUGGUGGGAGGAGAGCAGGCCAAGAACAAGGACCUGAGGGAAAAGCACAAAUGGCGGAAGCGCUACGCAGAUGAGCGCAAGCAGCAGCUGGUAGCCGCCUUGCAGAACGCAGACGAGGACAGCGGGGACUGGGUGCUCCUCAACGUCUACGACUCCAUCCAGGAGGAAGUGAGGGCCAAGAGCAAGCUGCUGGAGAAGAUGCAGAGGAAGCUUCGGGCAGCAGAGGUGGAGAUCAAAGAUCUGCAGUCAGAGUUCGAGCUGGAGAAGAUCGACUACUUGGCCACCAUCCGUCGGCUGGAACGUGACUCCGUGUUCUUCCAGCAGCUCCUGGAGAAGGUGCAGCCGCUGAUUCGCAGGGACUGCAACUAUAGCAACCUCAACAAGAUUCGGCGUGAGUCCUACUGGGACGAGGAUAACAGCUUCUGGAAGAUCCCGGAGCCCAUCAUCAUAAAAACCAGCCUCCCAGUAGCAGUUUCAACUGGGCCACAGAGCAAACCAGCUCACAGAAGCUCUGCAGCGGACAACAGCGAGCCAUGUGCGGAGGAAGACCGCUACAAGCUGAUGCUCAGUCGCAGCGACAGUGAGAAUACUGCCAGCAACUACUUCCGGUCUAAGCGGGCCAGCCAGAUCCUCAGCACAGACCUCAUCAAGAGCCUCACGCACCACAGCUCGCCGCCAGGCCUCAGCUCCCCACUCAGCAACAACUCUGCCAUCCCACCCAGCCCGGCUCCUGAAAUGCCCCAGCCCCGGCCCUUCCGCCUCGAGUCCCUUGACAUCCCCUUCGCCAAGGCCAAGCGUAAGAAAAGCAAAAGCAACUUUGGCAGUGAGCCUCUGUGA